AUGGAUAAAAAUAGAUUACAUGAAGAAUUUGUAUCUGGUGGAGUAGGUGAUUAUCCAUGGAUUGUCCCUAUACAAGGGAUUUGUGGUGGUAUCUUUAUUUUAUUUAAUUAUCAGAUUAUACAAAUUUUUAAUUUAAAAUUAAAUGGAUUCUCUCAAAUAUUGUAUAACUUUUUUUUUAUUGUAAUUCCAUAUAUUUUUUUAAUGACAAUUUUUUCAAAAUAUGUAUUAGAAAUAUUUGUUAUUUUAUCAACAACUAUAUUACUACUUCAAUUUUUUUAUCCUUCACAAAGGGAGAAUAAAAAAGAAGAUGAUAAUAUAACUUUUUAUUUCCCAGAAUUUGAUUGUUUACGAAGUUGUAUAUUAAUACCAACUGCAAUUGCAAUACUUGCUGUUGAUUUUAAGAUUUUUCCUAGAUCAUGGGGUAAAACAGAAUAUUAUGGGUACUCUGUAAUGGAUGUUGGAACUAGUGGAUCAUUUAUGAUAAUGGGAAUUGGGGAUGAAAUUGUUUAUCAAAAAAGGCAAUUAAGUAAUACUGUACAAUCUAAGAAAAAAUUAUUGAAAAGUUUACCUUCAUGGUUAAUUUUAUUUAUUCUUGGAAUCAUUCGAAUGAUCUUUGUCUCCAUAUUUAAUUACCAUUCUCAUGUUUCAGAAUAUGGUGUACAUUGGAAUUUUUUUAUUACAAUGGGAUGUGUUGCUUUACUUUCAAAACUUUUUUCUAAAUAUAUUAGUAUUAAAAUGUUAACUAUUUGUUUGGUACUUAAUUAUAUUCUUCUUAACUUAUGUGGUUUACAGGAAUGGGGUCUUAAUAAUGAUAUUUUAAGAACAAAUAUUAUAUCAUCUAAUAAAGAAGGAAUUAUAUCAAUUUUAGGAUAUUUUACACUUAAAAAAUCUAAAAAUAAUACAGAUUUAAUGUGUAUUGCCAAGACACUCCUAGCUCCAAUUUUAUUUUUCUCAUUACAACUGAUAGCUGAAAAUUUUCUUGGAGAACCAUCUCGUCGUGUGUAUAAUAUUCCUUUUUUCUUCUAUACUGCUGGAACAACAUCUUUGUGGUUUAGUCUCAUGAUGUAUGGUGCAUAUAGUUCAGAGAAACUUAGAAAUUUAAAAAAUAAUAAUGACUUAUUAUAUCUUCUUAGCAAAUAUGGUUUAUAUUUUUUUCUUCUUGCUAAUCUCUUAACGGUUAUGUCUAAUCUAUAUAAUAAAGAUGAACCUUUUGAUAGUGAAGCAAAUGCCAAAAAACAACUAUAUUCUAUGAGAAAAGAUAUUUCUUCUACUAUUGGUGAAAUUCAUAAUAAACAAAAAAUAGAUAAAAAAAGAAAUACUUUAUAUUGUGAUAUUAAAGGAGAUGAAUUAACAAAAUUAGAAGAAGAUAGUUUUGUCCCAGGAACAUUUAGAAGUUCACGUGAUGAUAAAGAGAAAAAAGAUCAAGUUGCAAAAGAGUUCCCUUUUCCAAUUAUCAAUGAUAAACAAAAAGAUCAUUUUUUAGGAAAUGUAUAUUUUGCCGAAACAACAAAUGAAAGAAAAGAAAAAUGGUUAAAUAUUCUACAACAAAGGCGUAUAGAUAAUAAAUAA